CACGUGAUGUAAGCCUUAGGCUGAAUGCCUCGCUCGCGCUUCGAUUACAUCAUCGUUUGAGAUGGGGAUGGUUGCCUGUGCGACUUUCUUAAGAUCCGACAACGCCACAUUCAUGGACUUUGGACUUGACGACCUAGCAUGGGUGUUACCGGCUUGUGGACCGUCGUGCAGCCGUGCGCGCGUCCGAUCAAGAUCGAAACUCUCAACAAGAAACGACUCGCCGUCGACGCCUCGAUCUGGAUCUACCAAUUCCUGAAAGCGGUGCGCGACAAAGAAGGCAAUGCGCUGCGCAACAGCCACGUCGUAGGCUUCUUCAGACGUAUCUGCAAGCUCCUCUUCUAUGGCAUCAAACCCGUCUUUGUCUUCGACGGUGGCGCCCCCGCGCUCAAGCGCCAGACCAUCAACAACCGGAAGCAGCGGCGAGAGGGCCGGCGCGAAGAUGCAGUGCGUACGGCAGGGAAGCUGCUGGCGGUGCAGAUGCAGCGGCGCGCAGAAGAAGAGGAACAGAAGCGCAAGGAACAAAAGCAGAGGGGCUCUGCCGCCGCGGUCGACGAGGAGCUGCUGCCGGAGAACCUGGUCUAUGCUGACGAGGUGACGAUGAGCGCGCAAGAGCGCCAACAGAAUCGCAGAUUCAAGAAGAAGGAUGCUUAUCAUUUGCCUGAACUCGACGUGUCGCUCUCGGAGAUGGGCGGACCGAACGACCCGCGCGUCAUGAGUGUCGAGGAGCUGGAGCAGUACGCGCGCCAAUUCGAGUCCGGCGAGGACAUCAACGUAUACGAUUUCUCGAAGAUCGAUUUUGAUGGCCCGUUCUUCCAAAGCCUCCCUGCCAGCGAUCGGUACAAUAUACUCAAUGCAGCGCGGUUAAGGAGCAGGCUUAGAAUGGGAUAUUCGAAGGAACAACUGGAUUCCAUGUUCCAGGACAGAAUGGCUUUUUCGAAGUUCCAGAUAGACCGGGUAAGGGAACGAAACGAGCUUACACAGCGUCUCAUGAACAUCAACAACGGCGAUGCUUUGUUUGGCAUGGAUUCAGCCGGGCGUGUGGCUGGCGAAAGGGACCGAGAAUACGUGUUGGUCAAGAACGAGGGCGUGGAAGGAGGCUGGGCUUUGGGAGUUGUGGACAAGGAUGAGGGCAAGUGGAACAAACCUAUUGAAGUGGACAGAAGCAGCCCACCUAAGGAAGAGGAAGAAGAAUGGGAAGAAGAUGAUGAUUUUGAGGACGUGCCUGUUGAGGGCCUUAAUCGGCUGCCUAAGCAAAGGCCUGUUGUGGAAAAUGACAGGACAAGUGACCUGAUGAAGCGUCGACAAGCUUUCUACAAGUCUCGCAGGGCGGGCCCUUCCGAACAGCGACGUCAUUCACCGAAGCCCAGAAACGAAGAUCCCGAAUCGUUGUUUGUGGCGGAUAAAGAGGAAGAUGAGGCUGAAGAGUGGGAGAACGUCGACAUUGGAAUGAAUGAUGAGCUUUUCGAGGAAGGCGAACAGGCCGCAGGCUCGGAAGACGAAGAAUUGCAGCGGGCGAUUGCCAUGUCGCUGGAACAGGACAAGCCAGAACAACCAGAACAGCACACUCAGCAAGAACAGGAAGUAGAUGAGGAUGAUGACUUUCUUGAAGUUUUCCAGCAGAAAGCCGAAGAGCCGAAACCCUUCUACAAGGGUAGUGGACUUGCGAUUGCCCGUAUGGCUAAUCAGCGCAGCAGCAAGGCAGCUGUCCCUGCUCCGACUGCCAUUGUUUCUGAAGCCACACUUGCUAGGGAUCGUGCUCCUCCCUCUGCUCCUUUCGCAGAAAGCGACAGCGAAACAGAUGAGGUAGAUUUGCAGGCUGCAUUGGCGGAAUCAAGGAAAUCGAAGCACCAACCACGCCAGCGCCCUCAGCCUUCUCAGAGACCUGAACCCACCGCUUCUACAGGGCCGACCGGGAAAUCCACAACUGAACCUUCAAAAGCCAAGGCAGGGCCCUUCAGCGGACCCCUUCCUUUCGAGAGGUUAGAUCUUGGUAGUUCGCUUCUGGGUCGUAAAAAGAUGCAAAAACUUGCCGAAGACCAAGCCGGUGGGUUCGAGAAGAAUGAUGAGAAGAGCAAAGGUGCGCCCUUACCGCCCUGGUUUGCCGAAGGCGGUGACAUAAGAGACGAAUUUGCGGCACAGAAGAAGUUGGAAGCGGAAUACAGAGAACAGGCUCGUCGAGAACGGGAAAGAGAGGACGAGUUCCAGUUUCAAGAGCAACCGCGGUUGAGAAAACACGAUACGAGGGAGGUUAUUGACCUCGAUGAGGAGUCUGAGCCUGAGAAGGAGAAGGAAGUCAUCAAUAUCGAGUCCUCAGAUGAUGAAGAUUUGGAAAUGGAAGACGUCAUGCCUGUUGAUUCGGAGGUCAGGAUAGGAGAUUUGGCAGACAAAGUACGUGCAGAACCGCCACUAUCAUCUCCGCCUACUGUAGGUGAUGCGACAACCAUAUCACCACCGAAGGGAACGUCUCCAGAUCAAGGCAAAGCAAAAUCCCCACAACCGGUGGCUAAAUCCCCUUGCCCUCAAGAGCAUUCCAACAAGCAGACCACUUUUUUGGAACAGGAAGCCGGGACAAGUCAAGGGCGCGGAACGCAUGAGACAGAUGCUUUGCCUGUAGGAGGUCAGAUCCAACCUGCGGUAUCCAAGUCUUCCUCCCCUGAAUUUGAGAUUGUUACAGGAACGGAACAGUCCCCUCAAAAUUUUGGGGCGGAACCAACAGCUCAACCUGUGGACGCACGUGAAGAAGAAGGCCCAGUGCCCAUGUCUGGACUGGCUGAUCAAGAGCUUCUCGAUGACCAAGAGGAUGACCAAUCAGUAUACUCGGAUCCCGAAGACGCAGAACUGUUCCAGCAACUCGCCACCGAAGCCGAAGAGCAUGCCCGCUUUGCUUCAACUCUGAACAACAAGUCACAAGAGACCAACGCGAUGGACUACGAGCGCGAGCUCAAGGCCCUGCGCAGUCAGCAAAAGCGCGACCGGCGUGAUGCCGAUGAAGUGACGCAGACGAUGAUUGCAGAAUGCCAGCAGCUGCUGGCGCUCUUCGGCCUCCCGUACAUCACGGCGCCAAUGGAAGCAGAAGCGCAAUGCGCCGAGCUGGUGCAUCUCGGGCUAGUCGACGGCAUCGUGACAGACGACAGCGACACGUUCCUCUUCGGCGGCACCCGCGUAUACAAGAACAUGUUCAACCAAGCCAAGUUUGUCGAGUGCUACCUAACGCAAGACCUCGAAGCCGAGUUCAAUCUCACGCGCGAUAACCUCAUCGCCAUUGCGCAGCUUCUCGGCUCAGACUACACGGAAGGCCUUCCAGGCGUAGGGCCCGUUACAGCGCUCGAGAUCCUCUCCGAGUUCGGCAGCCUGCCCGCCUUCCAGGAGUGGUGGACCGCGGUGCAGAGCGGCACCCGCCCCGCCGCCGCAGACCAGCCCUCCCCCUUCCGUCGCAAAUUCCGCAAGACCAACGCCGCGAAGCUGUUUCUCGCGCCAGGGUUCCCGGACCCGCGCGUCGCGGACGCAUAUCUCGCUCCAGCGGUAGACAAGGACGCGACGGCGUUCGCGUGGGGCGUGCCGGACUUGGAUGCGCUGAGAAGGUUUUUGUCAGCGACGGUGGGGUGGUCGCAGGAGCGGACGGACGAGGUGCUCGUACCUGUGAUUCGCGAUUUGAAUCGCCGCGAGACGGAGGGCACGCAGAGUAAUAUCACGAGUUUUUUCGGGGGCGGGGUUGGUGCCGGUGCGUUUGCGCCGCGGAAGAGGGUUGAGGGGAAGAGUCGGCGGCUGGAGAGCGCGUUGGGGAAGUUGGGGAAACGGGGGAGGGGCGGUGGUGGGAGUGAGGGCGAGGGCGAGGUGGUGGAAGGAGGGAAGGAGGAGAGGCGCAAGACACAGACGACGACGACGAGCAAAAAGGGCAGGAAGAAGAGGAGGACUGCUGCCACUGAAGAAGAGAACGAUGAUGACGACGCCAGCACCACCAUCCCAGAAAACGGAGACGAGGACGAUAACGAGAACGCAAACGACAGUACCAGCGACUACGCCCGCACCAGCAAGCCCAAAAAAGGAAAAAGCACCAAGGGCACCAAGGGCACCAAGCCCAGCAGCACGUCCACGCGCACCCGCCGCCACUAGUUAGCCACACACACAAGCAGCAGAGCAGACAAGCGCCCCAGCACCCACACCACCACCAAACACGCCACACCGCUCCCCCAGCCACACCCCUCGCACCCUCCCUACCAAACAAACAACCCGGCACCCGCACUCUUCCGUCACCACGGUCCACGGGCGCGCAAAAAGCCAGGGGUGCGCGGGAACUAAAAGUAGAUCAGACUGCCGUGUCGAGCCUAGCGGCGGGAAAUCACGGGUCGGGGGCAGGGAGGCUGGGCCGGGAUGGUCCGAGCCGGCGUAGCUAGCGGUGCUGUGCGGUGCUGUGGUUGGUUGGAUGGUAGGUGGAGGGGUUUGGGUGUGGGCGGGAUGGGGGGCCUGGUUUGCUGUUGUUGGCUGUAGUUGGUAGGUUGCUUGCUUGUGCUGGGGUGGGGUUGCUGGGGU